AUGGCGUCCCCUGCCAACGACGCAGCACCUGCAGCUGUAACAGAUGCAGUUCUCAAGCCGUCGGACCCAGUCCCGGCGGAAGCAAUCCCCGUUAAAGGACUAGACUUUGAUGCCUUUGCGGAUCGCAAUAUUACCGUGGCGGAAUUGGUGGAAAAUCUCAAGAAUGUGGGGUUUCAAGCUACGUCAAUAGGCCAGGCUGUGGAUAUAGUCAAUGGCAUGCGAACAUGGCGUGACCAGGAAACGGGCGACCGGACGACGAUAUUCCUCGGCUACACUUCUAAUUUGAUAUCCUCUGGCCUGCGAGAGACUUUGAGAUGGCUUGUUCAGCACAAGCAUGUCUCUGCCAUCGUCACGACGGCUGGAGGUGUGGAAGAAGACUUUAUCAAAUGCAUGGGCGAGACCUACCUGGGAGCGUUCUCCACACCCGGUGCUGCUCUGCGUGCCAAAGGAAUGAACCGCAUCGGGAACCUUGUGGUGCCCAACGACAAUUAUUGCAAGUUUGAGGAUUGGGUCAUGCCGAUUUUGGACAUGAUGUUGGAAGAGCAGGAAGCCUCAAAGACUGCGGAAGAGCCUCUGCAUUGGACACCCAGCAAGAUUAUCGCGAGGCUAGGGAAAGAGAUCAAUGAUGAGCGCUCAGUGUACUAUUGGGCCUACAAGAACGACAUUCCCGUCUUCUGUCCAGCUCUUACCGAUGGCAGUCUCGGAGACAUGUUGUAUUUCCACACAUUCAAGACCUCGCCUUUGCAGCUCCGGGUCGACAUUGUGGAAGACAUUCGCAGGAUCAACACGAUGGCCGUGCGCGCAAAGAGGACUGGCAUGAUCAUCCUCGGCGGAGGGCUUGUCAAACAUCAUAUCGCUAACGCGAACCUCAUGCGCAAUGGCGCUGAGAGUGCCGUCUACAUCAACACAGGUCAGGAGUUCGACGGCUCUGAUGCUGGUGCCCGACCAGAUGAAGCUGUCAGUUGGGGUAAGAUCAAGGCAGACGCGGCCAGCGUGAAGGUUUAUGCUGAAGCAACAAUUGUGUUUCCCUUGAUCGUUGCCGCCACCUUUGCGAAAGUGAGUGAGCMUAAGUGA